CACGAUUCCACGAAAGUCGGCUUCGUCGCUUCGAAACUUGGCCGACUCAACGAACUUGCGUUCGAAGACGACCGGUGCCGGCGAAUGCGCGCGGGAUGCAUCGCCACGUUUUUUUUUUACUCCAAGUCUUCUUGAUUCCCUCAGCUUCACUUCUCAACAUGCCAAUAGCCUUGGCCGGGCCAUUUCGGCGACAUCAGUGGACCAUUUGCUGCUGUUUCAGGCGCUCCCCGCAGCUGGACCGCCCCAUUGAUGUGUACUUUAGGAGAACCGGUGUAUGAAACACCUGCUUCUGCCACGGAUCUUGGGAUGUGAAAAGAGGACCUCUUUUUCCGGCGCGUGUUCGACUACUACUAAGCACAGUCACGCGACCGCGAUGAGCUAAGUGCCACACCUAAUCUGAUUACCCCUGAAGGGGAGCGUGAUCCGAUAACGAUGAUCGGAGUCCUUUUGCAGCUCUCCAGACACUAGGCUCUGGUUCUUUCACCGUCGCGGAAGACCGUCACUUUUCCUUCACCAUGUCCUUCAGCGGCUUUGCCCUCGACAGGACGGAUAGCACAUUUGAGGAGAUUCCAGUCAUAGAUUUCACCCACGCUCAGAGCCCCGAUCCUGCCAAGCGCCGCGCUCUCGCCGACGAGAUUCGGGACGCAUGCAUCAACGUCGGCUUUUUCUACGUCAAGCACCACCCGAUCUCAGAUAGCACAAUCGACGCGACCAUCCAAGCCGGAAAGCAGUUCUUUGCGCUCCCAGAAGCCGACAAGCUUGCGAUCGACAUUCACAAGAGCGCGAACUUCAAAGGCUACACCGCUCUCCUCGGCGAGAAUACUGACCCCAACGGGCGCGGCGACCUUCAUGAAGGCUUCGAUUUGGGUUGGGAAGAGCCCGGCGCUGGUCCAAUGUCGGGAACCAAUGUGUGGCCGUCCGAGGACUCUGCUCCUGGCUUCCGGAACUGCGUGCUAAGCUAUUAUCGCGCUGUGGUCGACCUCGGACAAUCAUUGUUCCCGCUAUUCGCGCUCGCCCUUGAUUUGCCUGAAACUUUCUUCGAUGAUAAGACUACUCGCCCUGCUGCAAUCAUGCGCCUCUUGCACUACCCACCGCAGAAGGCUGCCGUUGACCAGGACGGCAAGAUCAUCGGGAUUGGAGCCCAUACAGACUAUGAAUGUUUUACGAUUCUUUGGCAAGAUACCGUCGGCGGAUUGCAAGUUCAGAAUGCCAAGGGUGACUGGAUUGACGCUGUCCCCAUCCCUGGAACAUUUGUGAUUAAUUUAGGCGAUCAAUUUGCACGAUGGACAAAUGAUAUCUUCAAGUCGACUCGCCAUCGGGUCACGAAUCGGUCUGGACUGGAACGGUACUCGAUGCCCCUAUUCUUCGGCACGGACUACGAUGUACUGCUCGAGCCUUUGCCCGGAUGCGUGACUGAGGAUCGACCUGCUCGCUACCCGGUCGUCAGCGCGGGCGAAUACGUCAAGCGUAGACUCGAGGAAACCUAUGCGCAAUCCAAGAGCGACUAGAAUCUACGCAUGUGUCCCGAAGACAAGUAACACACAACAAAGAGCAUCUUCUGUCCGUUAUCCUAAGCGAGUUGUGCCGCAGUGUGAGUGUCAUUCUGAGCGGGAAGCUGGCUUCGGGCAUCUACGGCAUCAGAUUCGUACACCUCCUAUGCAAGUCUACUGUUCUUUUGAUCCGUUGUGAUUAGCCUUCGACUGGGCGGGGAAGCUCAAAACCCGAUCCAACUGGAUGGAUAUACCCAGUAUUCCGCCGAUCUGGAUCGGACCUGGCUCGACUCCGUCUAGUAUUUCCUGGAACAAAUUCAAGGAACGAAUCAUUUCGGAUUUUACUUAUCAAUCUUAUCAGGGGAUGGAUAACUAUCAUGCUAUGCUAUAGAAAUAAGCAAGCCCUCAAUCUUCUCCGACCGAUCGUGUCAAUGAAAAUUCAAUACUCGGAAUGCUGCUUGGAUUCUGGAACCUGACAAGUUCAAUGUGCUGAAUCUUGAACGCAACAUGUGACGGAUUACGUCAUGCACACGAAAUGAUCCCAUCACUGCGAUCAGCUCGAAGCGUUUGCGGACGCAGUCCCGCUGGCCGCUGGGUUCUCUUUGUUCUGUUCUUGGCUAUUUUGGAAAGCGCCCUGGACUAAGUUUGCGGUUCCGGACCGCCAGGCUAAACGGCGAGGUCGCUAGCAUGCGCCCUUUCGAGCCCGUCGAAGACGGUCGACCGAAAAAGUCCAUCUCGACGCGACUGCUAUUAACGGCAGACGCGUUCACGCAUGCCCAGCGUCGGCUAACCACACCAUCUGAUGUCCAGUUCUUAUAAAACUGCAGGUGAUAUGCGGAGCAAGUGAGACACACCGGACUCCUAGAUCCACCCCCCUCCCCGUUGCCCGCCCUGGCUCCUGUACCCAUCUUCGACUCGUCGACUUGCGCGAUGGAAGCACCCUCCCACGGGGCCUUCUAUGAUGACGCCGGCCCGCCCGACCCUGUGCCCAAACCCGGGGACUCUUUUGCCCCACAGCAUCUCUUCGAUGUGCAUGGACUGGUGGCCGUGAUUACAGGAGGGGGCAGCGGUAUCGGUCGCAUGAUGGCUCAAGCUUUAGAGAACAACGGGGCGACGGUAUACAUCAUCGGGCGGCGGCUGGACGUGCUUGAUAGCACCGCGCGGGAAAUCAGCAAAUACGACCGAGUAAUCCCCAUCCAAGGCGAUGUGACAGAUCGCCGCUCACUUCUGGACAUCGUCGAGACGGUCAAGAUUCGACACGGGUAUAUCGAUCUUCUCGUCAACAAUGCCGGCAUCGCACGCAAUCUGUACGAUCAUCCAUUGCCCUCCCCUGGAGAGAGCUCUCCGCAAUCCUCCUCCUCCUCCUUUCCUGGGACUCCAGUCGACGGGGCUCCAUGUAUACGAUCCUUCCAGGAAUCUUUGUGGAACAGUGGGUCGCCAGAGGGCUUUGCCGAAAGCUUCCGCACGAACGUCACUUCGGUGUACUAUUCCACCGUUGCGUUCCUAGAUCUCCUCCACCAAGGGAAUCUGCGGAAGAACAAUCCGAAUCUCCAUGUUCUUGGCGGCCGCGCCCGUCCGCCACUCCACUCUUCACAAGUCGUGUCCGUGUCGUCCUCCGGCGGCUUCCGCCUGGACUCGAAGGUGUUCUCCAUGUCAUACACCCUCGCGAAGGCAGCCUGCACACACCUCGGCAAACAGCUGGCCAAUCUGCUGGCUCCAUGGGGGAUCCGCAGCAAUGUUCUCGCGCCGGGCGUGUUCCCGAGCGAAAUGACGACAGGAUUGUUUCCUGGGCUCGACAUGGGUCCCAUGGCGUUCAUCGACAGCGUCCCCCUGAAACGUGCCGGAACGGAGAAGGAAAUGGGUGGCGUCAUCUUGUUUUUGGCAAGUCCUGCAGGAGCUUACGUGAACGGCGCAGUCUGGCUGGUCGAUGGCGGCCGAAUCGGCGGCGUCCCCAGCAGCUACUAACGGUGUCAUUAUCUGAUUAUAUCUAUGGCUGGCUGUAUUCUAUCACGUGUAGGCAUUAGUAUUGUACAGAGAGAGAUCGAGGAAACGGAAUGAUUGAUUAAUAUUCUGUAC